GUGGGGCGAGGAAAAGUCUUUGAGGCGAGGGUUUGGUUUACGCGUCCCCUGAAUCUCAUCAACACUUCUCACGCGUCACCACCACCACUCCUCUCUUCUUUCAUCUUCACCACCAUGGCAGACAUCUCCUUCAUAGUAACCUCCCCAAACACCUCCUCCGAGCGCCGCAUCUCCCCGCACUGGAAUCCCCCCUCCUUCCAAACCCUCCAAAUCUUCAUCGCCCACUCCGAGACCCCGAUCGUACUCGCCCCCGCGCCCGGCAGCUCAGACGAAUCUACCGCACUAUCAGAGUUUCCCGACGCGCUUGUGCCCUUCGCGAGACUGAAUGUCGAGGACACAAGGCCGCCUGGCGUGCAGGAGAAUUACACGGACGUCAGCGGCGUCGAGAAAUUCGAGUUGACGGACGACGAGUACGCGCGGCGAACCGACACCGUGCUCGCGUACAAGAAGCGGAAUAAACUAGGCCGGUUCGCGGACGACGCGCAAAAGCCUGCUCUGACUACAGGAUUCAAAAAGACGAUUGAAGAGCGCGCGAUCGAAGUCGGUAAGCGGUGUCGUGUGCUCGAACCAGUCGAGCGCAGAGGCGUCGUGCGCUACGUGGGUAGUGUACCUGAACUCCCCUCCGCUGCUGGAGCAGAUCCCGACGAUGAUAUCUGGGUCGGCGUGGAGUUUGACGAGCCGGUGGGGAAACACGACGGGAGCGUCAGGGGGGAGAGGUAUUUCACCGCGCGGAACAAGCAUGGCUCGUUUUUUAGACCGGAGAAGGUCGAGGUGGGGGAGUAUCCGGAGAUUGAUGAUUUGUUUGAUGAUAGCGAUGAGGAGGUGUAGAUAGAUAGUGUAGAUUAUCAAGCAUGU